AUGGAAGUUAAGACAAGGUGUAGCCGUCGUCUUGGCCUCAGGUUUGACAGAAAGAGUGGAGAUUUGUACAUUGCAGAUUCUUACUAUGGCCUUCUGGUAGUUGGACCUGAAGGAGGCCUUGCCUCUCCUUUGGCAACACGUGUAGACAGGAAGCCUACUCUUUUCACGAAUGAUCUUGAUAUUCAUAACAAUGGAUCCAUCUUUUUCGCUGAUACCAGCAAGAAUAAACUGGGUGAGUUCAUUCACAAUCCAUGGUUGAGGAGCAUAAACUUCCAAAUGCCCAUUCCGAUGAGGUAUUUAGCCAGGUUGGUGGGACUGAGGAUGUAUUCUAUGGUACCACUACUCAAUGAUAAGGGAGAUAUAUUGGACGUUCUUGAAGAUAAAAAGGGUUUAGUGCUGAAGCUAGUGUGUGAAGUAAAAGAGGCAAAUGGGAAGUUGUGA